AUGGAAGACUACGUACCUCAGACUGUUCUCUCAGCUCUCAGACUGCGCCCCGAGACCUCGGGGGAGAAGGAUGCCUUGUGGCAGAAGUCUGAUGCUCUGGAGUUUGAGCAGAAGUUGAGAGCGGAAGAGCAGACAAAGAGAGAUACCUGCAGCAAUACCUUCCACGUGUCUCCUGCAGCAGUCCAUUCAGCUGGUGGCUUCAACAGCACACCUGCGUACCUCUCACUGUCUCUCCUGCAGCAGUCCAUUCAGCUGUGUCAGACAGUCCAUUCAGCUGGUGUCAGGUACCUCUCACUGUCUCCUGCCAGCUCCAUUCAGCUGGUGUCAGCUGUCCACAGCUGUGUCAGGUACCUCCUGUCUCACUGCAGACAGUCCAUUCAGCUGGUGUCAGGUACCUCUCACUGUCUCUCCUGCAGCAGUCCAUUCAGCUGGUGGCUUCACAGACACAUCUGCAGACUGUGUGGCCAUGGGUUCUGCUACUACUGCUGCAGUAACACAGUCAGCCUGAUGGAGGGGGGCGCCAAAGAGCGCUGCUGCUCAGUCUGCUACAGCCAGCACAGUGCUGUGGUAGAGCGCCAUCCUCAGGAAGAUACCUGUACUGCACCACACACACUCUUUAACCCUCUGCCCCAACCUGGCAGAACCAUGCAACCCAGCAACACAGACCCGGCUGUGCCAAGGGCAGAUGACGGUGCAUAUGACAUCAUAACAGAGGAGGAAGUAAAUGGUGUUUCCAACAGUGACUCUCUCUCCUUCACUACCUGCUCUCCUCACACCAACCCCCAGGGGGCAGCAGAGCUCAACAGUGGUGCCAGUACAGCAGACACCACAUCAGAGGACCUACCUGACCAGACUGGGGCUGUUCAGGAUGCAGAGAUCUGUCUGCUGAGGAGUGGAGAACUCACGUUGUGUGUUCCGUUCAGUGUGGAGGAGAUCAGUGUGUUUGGUGACGGUCUGAGGGAGCUGUUCAUCAGGUCUGGUUGUUACAGCUCCAUCCCCAUUACUGGGUCUACCCUUGGUGCUACCAUACACUGGCUGUUCACCUCACAACCCAAGAGCAUCUCCUUUAGUGUGCUGUACAGAGAGGACACACACACACCUCUGGAGGAGGCUAAGGUACUGAUCCCUCUGACUCGUUGUCACUCCCACAAAGAGACCAUGACAGGAGAGCUGAUAGUCAGAAACACUGGAGAAUACACACUCAUCUUCGACAACUCCUUCUCCAGGUUCAUCUCUAAGAAGGUGUUGUAUACGCGUCUGAGUGUUUGA